UUUAGAAACUCUGUGUCCUGGUGUUGAGCAAUUUCCUGCUGUGACGGGGAACUGCAGGGGAGGAGGUUGCAAAGUGGAACUGUGUUGGUGUUGCAGGCUAGUGACGUCCCUCAAGCGUCGGAGCAACCAUGAUUUCCACCCAGCCGCCCGAAGGCUGUGUUGGGCCCAGAGAAGCAAAACAGUGGAUAAAGAAGAAGUUGGCGAACUCGCUGAAGUGCCUGCAGAAGCGUUACGUGAACUCGGACAGCGUGGUGAGCAGCGAGGACAGCGAUGCCAACGACCUGUGCUGCGCCGUCGAGGCCGUCUUCGUGCACGGGCUCCAGGCGAAGCAUGUGGGCACGGAGGGCGGGAACCGAGGGCGCAAGGCAAACCGUGCGGCUCUGCCACAGCCUGUGUUUUGGUCUUUGCUGAAGUCAGUCACUCACAGGAACGUGGUGACCGAGCUGGAGAGGCUGUGCUUUAUCAGCAGUGACGUGGGCCGUUGUCGCGCUUGGGUUCGGCUAGCACUGAACGAGGGGCUGUUGGAGUGUUACCUGGUGUCCCUGCUGCGGGAGAGGGAGACGCUGUGUGAUUACUACCAGCCCGUGGCUCUGCUCCUGGAUAUGGAGGAGAGCGAGGUGCUGAUCAGUUACCUGCAGGGCCUCGCCUCCCUCUCCUUCGAGCUCUCCUACAAGUCCGCGGUGCUGAACGUAUGGACCACCUCGCCCCUGGCCUGGGCCGGCCUGUGCCCCCCACCCGCCGUGACUGAGCUCGAGCCCCCCAGCUCGCCCGCCCCCAGGAGGAGAGGCUCCUGGGAUUCCACCUCGCCUUCCGACAGCUCGGACGUCGUCAGCGUGACUCACAUGGGCUCCGGCAGCUCUCUGGCCCCCGGCGCUCGACACUCGGGCAAAGACAAGCUGACCUCCUCCUCCCUCAGCCUGGAAACCACGGGCUCCUCCUCACAGCUCUCCUCCAGCCUCAGCUCCGACAGCCUCCCCCAGGCCAAUGGGGUGAGGAGUCCCGAGCCGACGGCUGAGGAAAACUGGCCAUGCGACCUGGACCGAGAGAUCGUCAGCUCGGAGGCAGCAUGCAGGCCGCCAGGGGGUGUGUUUUCCGCGACCGGGACAGGGGAUUGUGUGACGGAUUGCGUCCCCGAGGCAGAGUCAGGAUCACAGCCGCCCGGCUCGCCCCUUGACUCCCAGCCGAGCUCCGAGACACCCAGCCCGGAGCCUCCAGCAUCACCCGAGAGCGACGCUCCCAUCCCCACUGAGCUUCCCAGCCUGAUUCCCCGCUCCACGUUGCCCGGGGGCAGCGGCGCAGUAUACCCCAAGCCCGAGGCACUGGCAGGCGAUGAAGAGCGAGCCGGUGAGAGGGAGCUCGGAGCCGCAGGGGAACCGGCCAACGGCUCCAGCGGCUGUUUGCAAAAUGGUUCGCACCGAGCGGUUGAGCCCUCAGGCCUUCACAAAAGCGCGAGCUGGAUUUCUGAGGACGAUAUCUGUCAGCCGGUGUGGGGUGAGGAGCCAGAGCCAUGGCCCCAAACCUCACCACAGGAGAACGGCACUGACCUCUCUCGCCCGGCCCUGGACCUCACCGGCCCUCACCACGGACACGAGGACAAGCUGUUCGAGGUGACGCAUCGACGGAAAGCAGGAAUCUCCAAUCCGUUCCGCGGGCUGCUGAAGCUGGGGAACCUGGAGCGCCGCGGGCCGGUUGGGAUAUGGAAGGAGUUUUACUGCGAGCUCUCCCCGUUCGAGUUCCGGCUGUACCUGAACGAUGAGAGCCGGACCUGCUACGAGAACUGCUCGCUGCUGCGGUGCGAGGCCGUGUUGGCCCUGGGCGACGGCAGGUUUGAGCUGCUCUGCUCCGGGCGCAGGCUGUGCCUGCGGGCGGCCUCUCCCGACGAGGCCGAGGACUGGACCGACAGGAUCCGGGAAGCCUUGGUAAAAUGCCGGCCGCAAAAUGCUUCCCAGCGGGCGGGUGGGGCUCGGCCCAGGGCGGCCCCGGGGGGAGAGGAGAGACAGGGGCAGCGGCCGGCAGCUGAGACCGCCCCCCGGGAGAGCCUCUCGCCGGAUUGGGUCUGCAGGAGCGAGCCUCAGUUGGAUGCCAUCAAGGAGACGGUGCUGUGCGUGCUGGUGGGCGAGCGCUGGCUGCCCUGCGUCUGCUCGCUAUCGCUCGAGGCUCUGAUCUGCUCCCAGCUGCGGGGAGGGAAGCGGGAGCUGGUGACCAGCUGCCGUACGGACAGCUUCCGGGACGUGGUGCCGGACACGGCCCUGGGCGGCCCGGCCUACUUCAAACUGGUCACGUCCGGCGCCGCCCUGCAGCUGCAGGCCGAGAACGGGGAGGAAGCCAGGGCGUGGCGGGAGCUGAUCCGGGCCGUGCUGACCUGUCACCGAGAGGCGGUGGACGGCGUGGCGGGGGAGGAGGGAGCUGACGAGAGGAAUGGCCAGAGGCUGGUGCAGUUGGGUCUCGGGGAGUACAGCCCCCUCCUGCGCUGCCUGACCGCAGUGCCCAACGAGAGGGGCCUGGACCAGCAAAAUCAGCAGUGUGCGGGCUGCCCCAGGCGGAUCGGAUUUUCCUUUGGGAAGUUGAAACUCUGUGCCUUUUCCGGCCUGUAUUACUGCGAGAGCUGCCAUCAUGACACCGAGGUCAUUAUCCCAUCCCGAGUGAUCCAUAACUGGGACCUGAAGAAACGAGGGGUGUGUGACACCGCGGCGAGGUUCCUGCAGCAGAUCGGGGCCGAGCCGUUCCUGGAUGUGGUGAGGCUGAACGGGAGCCUGUACCAGCACGUGGAGCAGAUGGCUCAGGCCUUGAGGAGCCGCGAGAGACUCAAACUCCUGGAGGAAUAUCUGCUGACUUGCCGCAGCGGAGCUCUGCAGGAGCUGUACAGAAAAAUCGAUGGGAAAAAUUACCUGCUGGAGUCUCCUCACCUGUACAGUGUGUCCGACCUUCGGCUGAUAGCCCGCGGCGUGUUCGAGGCCUUCCUGCAACACGCCAUCCAGUUCGCCAGUAAUCACGUCUACAUGUGUGACCUGUGCACACAGCGCGGCUUCAUCUGUCUGCUCUGCAACUGCGACGACAUCAUCUUCCCCUUCGAGUUUGAAUCAACGACGAGGUGCCGAGACUGCAAAGCCGUCUUCCACAAAGUCUGCAAGGCCAGCGAGCCCUGCUGCCCCCGGUGCGAGUGGAGACAGAGGCACCAGGAGCCCGGCCCGGUCCAUUAGCCUCUGUUCACUACUGCAGUCAGAGCUAGAGCUGGGAGGGGGGGGGGGGGUGGCA